AUGUCUCCCAUUGUCAUUCUGAUCAGACACGGCCAAGCGCUGCACAACGCUUCCACGAGAAAACCAUGCCUGACGCGUCCUGCACAAGAAUAUGAUAUCCCCGACCCGGCGCUCACAGAGCUGGGACAAGAGCAAUGUCGCAAGCUCGAGCAGCACCUCCGUCAGCAUCUGCCACUCGCCGACAAGAUUGAGCGCAUCAUUACUAGCCCAAUGCUUCGAACCUUGGAGACGACCACUCUGGGUCUCGACUGGCUCAUCAAAAGGGGUGUACCCGUAGAAGCUGCUGCCCUCUGGCAAGAGAACUCGGACAAACCCUGCGACACUGGUAGCCCUCUCUCAGAGAUGAAACCUCAGUUCCCGCACUUCGACUACUCCAAGGUCGACCCUCUGUGGCCUUCCAAAACCGGCCCUUAUGCCUUUACACGCACCGCAACCGUUGCUCGCGGGCAAUCCUGCCUCCGCGAUCUGCAAUCGCGCAAAGAAAAGGUCAUCGCGGUGGUCUCGCAUUCUGGCUUCUUAAGAUGCGCGAUCAGUUUUUGCAAGUAUGCUAAUGCUGAUUAUCGCAUCUUUAGCUUCCAGGAUACGGAGCAAGGCAGGGACUUUGAGUUGAAGGAGUGGAAAGAGACGGAGGAGAAUGGAGGUGGUAUGGGUGAGAGCGAAAAGGGCAGGGCAGACAUUGAGGAUACCGACUUCCCUGAGGAACAGGCUGAAGAGGUCAAGCAGCAGUUGGGUGGCAAGGCUGAUGGCGAGGCUGCUAGAGAGGUUCCUGAGAAGAAGUAG